AUUGGCUGAAGCGAGAAGCGUUCUGGACACUGAUUGGCUCCGCCAUUCGCGGGAAGGAGUUUGUGGCGCCAUCGAAAAGUAGAUAUAGCGCUGCGACCGCAACAAGGUUCUGAGGCACUGGGCGAACACAGCAAACUGGAACUUCCAGGGCGUCUUCCCUGAGGAAAACGUGACCAAGAUGUGGAAUAGCAGUGGAUAUGAGAGCUACGGCAGCUCCACGUUCGGGGGAGCUGGUGGCUACACACAGUCCCCAGGCGGCUUUGGAUCGCCGGCACCUUCUCAGGCGGAAAAGAAAUCAAGAGCCCGAGCCCAGCACGUUGUACCCUGUACCAUAUCUCAGCUGCUUUCUGCCACUAUGAUUGAUGAAGUGUUCAGAAUUGGGAAUGUUGAGAUUUCACAGGUCGUCAUUGUGGGGAUAAUCAGACAUGCAGAGAAGGCCCCAACCAACAUUGUUUACAAAAUAGAUGACAUGACAGCUGCACCCAUGGAUGUUCGCCAGUGGGUUGACACAGAUGAUGCCAGUGGUGAAAACACUGUGGUUCCUCCAGAAACAUAUGUGAAAGUGGCUGGCCAUCUGAGAUCUUUUCAGAACAAAAAAAGCCUCGUAGCCUUUAAGAUCAUGCCCCUGGAUGAUAUGAAUGAGUUCACUGCACAUAUUCUGGAAGUAGUGAAUGCGCACAUGAUGCUGACCAGAACUAACAGCCAGCCCUCAGCAGGGAGAGCACCUACCAGCAAUCCAGGAAUGGGUGAAGCAGGGAACUUUGGUGGGAAUAGCUUCAUACCAGCAAAUGGCCUCACUGUGGCCCAAAACCAGGUGCUGAAUUUGAUUAAGGCUUGCCCAAGACCUCAAGGAUUGAACUUUCACGAGCUCAAGAACCAGCUUCAGCACAUGACUGUAGCCUCAAUAAAGCAAGCUGUGGAUUUUCUAAGCAACGAGGGGCACAUCUAUUCUACUGUGGAUGAUGAUCAUUUUAAAUCCACAGAUGCAGAGUAAUUGGAUCUAAUUGAAUCCCCAGCAUAUUUUCCAGCUGGACUUAGUUUUGCAAUCUGCUUUCUCCAGCUGUGCAUAGUUUGACCAGGUGACUUCUAGAAAGUAGGUUUCAUCGAUAAAAGGUCUCAAUUGACCUCCUUUUGAAACUUACUGCUCUUCUGUUUUUUUGAAGCUCAAAGGGAGAUAGCCAACUGACAGAGGUAUGAACCAGAGUAGAAUUUCUUCAAGAAGUUACAAAUUAGCUAGUUACAAUAAUGUCAGGAUAGAUGGAAGUGGAAGAACAAUGCUACCAAGAGAGUUGGCCAGUAUUACUUAUAUAAUACUCGAGAGUCUCUAUUCCUAAAAUAUCUUCUGUUGACAGAAAAUGAGUAUGACGAGGGCCUGUCAGCAGAGAGAUACCCAAGAAAACUGCUAAUCUCUAGUUUUGUCUCCCAUUUUGGUUAUGUGGUAUUCAUUUCAGAAUUGCACUUUUUCUUCAACUUGUUGUGGCUAAUGUCAAAAGCAUUUUUGUAAACAUAAUGUUCUAGGGAGGUGGCCUUUUGU